GUUAUAGGAGAACAGCUGAUCACGGAUUCGACUCGAGUUUUUGUGCACGUGUAUUCGCACAUAGACGCUGCAGUGCCUACUGAUGCAAGCCCGUGCCCAUUGCAAGCUCACCAUGAGAAUAAGAUAAUUGUUGUUAACUUGAAUCAAUCGAAGGGUAAUCCAUACAAAAUGGCUCGAGUGAUUAAUUUUUUCAAAAUUAUUAGAAACAAUUGGAAGAAGUCGGUUGUCGGAGCCGCGGCCUUUUCCUAUGGCGUUUCUUAUAGUAUGGAUGCUUACGAAACAGAACAGAUUAUGAGAGAAUAUUGUGAAGAAGCAGCCAAAUACGGAGAUCAACCUUUGCCAACCCAAUUAAAACCUCAACAUGUUACUGUAAUUCUAAAUCCCGUGGCUAAGAAAAGGAAAGCCAAGAAAUUAUUUGAAAAGUACUGUGAGCCUCUUCUACAUUUGGCUGGAUUCGCAGUGACAAUAAUUCAAACUCAGUCUGAGAAUCAGGCUCGAAAUCUUAUUGCAAACUUGAAUACUCACACUGAUGCAAUAGUUGUAGCUGGUGGGGAUGGCACACUGUCUGAUGUUGUCACUGGUAUAAUGAGGAAGUACAAGAACAACGCUUCAGCAGCUAAACAAUGUCCUAUUGGAAUUCUGCCUUUGGGUCAAACUAACAGAGUUGCUGAUUCGCUGUUUAAUGGAUAUGAAGAUUUAGCAGAAGUUCGAGAACUUGCUGAUGCUACAAUGGCAGUAAUAAGAGGAAAAACGAAAUUGAUGGAUGUUUUAGAAGUAGAAUUGUUAGAGAAAGAUUCAGAACAAGCUCCAGAAUCUAUUUAUGCCAUAGGGGCUAUAGAAUGGGGUGCCUGGAAAGAUGCUCAUUCAAGACAAGAUAAAUAUUGGUAUUGGGGUUCUUUGAGAAGGUAUGUGACAUAUGUGUUCAACGGAUAUAAGAGUGAUAUCAAUUGGGACUGUAAUGGUGUUAUACGUUAUUCAGAUCCUUGUAGUGGUUGCUCAAAGUGUUGUCAAGAACAAGAAAAACAAUCCCCAUCUGGCAGGAGAUGGUGGCAUUCAUUUGUACCGAUAAUUAAAAAAACUGAUGAAAAAGCUAUAGAUUAUAGCAAAGUAAUAAAUGAAAACUGUGGAGUGAUUCGAGAAAUUCCCGUGUCCGCAACCGAAUUACGUAUCACAACUCAAAAUGUAGACCAAAAAAACAAUAGACUUAUACCCUCUGUCACCAUUGAAUUAGGUCCUGAUAGUGUCAAUUACACUGAUUUUGUUACUGAAGGUUGGCGAAGAAUAAAAGGAAUUAAAACAUUAGUUAAUAAAACUUUAGAAGCAAAAGACAUAGAAAUUCAUCCACUGAAAUCAGAUGAGUUUGCUGAUAAAGAAAGUUCCUUUUACAUAGAUAAUGAAGAAUUUGAAUUAAAACCGGCAAAAUUUAGAUUAAUUCCAAAAAAUGUAAAGGUGUUUUGCCUUGAUGAUCAAGAAAAAAAAUGAUCUAAACUAUGUAAAUAUAAAAUAUGUAUAUAAAUUUUUAAUUAAUUACAGAAAUCUAUAAAAAAAAACAAAAAAA